AAGUUCACCUGCCGCGGUUUUAAAAACCCGUAAAACACCUUUAUUUAUCGAAUUUAGUGCAUAUCUAAACUAUUUCGCUCCUCACUUCAUUUCAAAUACGGUGUUAUUAGCGAGAACGAAUAGAACAAAGUCGCGAUUUUUCACACAUUCCGAUGUUCUCGCCAUUUUCAUUCAAACCGGAAGUGACGUAACAGGCACUCAAUAACGACUCAAUUACGAGCCGGCAUAAUAAAUGGCUUCGGAUGUAUUAUAUCUUGCAACUUUAGAUAAAAAAUGUUGAAAAAUGGAAGAUGAUAGCGAUUACGAUGAGUUUUCCGUUCAACCGUAUAUGUUUGAGCCAGAAUUUAGUGACAGUCAAUCAGAUUUUUCUGAUUCUGACUCGGACAGCGAGGAAAAUUUUGCCGAUGCCCAAGACGACCAUCGUGUUGGGAAUACGGAUUGGUGUGCAUGUUCAUGUUGCACACCAUAUCGUGUGCAGAUUGAGUGCAAAUGCUGCACAGAAUACCCAGAGCUGAUGGAAAGGAUGGACGAGGCAGGGGUAAAGUGCAUAACUGAGCACACUGGCUUCAAAGCUAACUGUCUACAUCAAGAUGUCAUUGAUGUUUCGUUUUAUGAGUUCCUUGAUGUAAAUGGUCCCAUCGGUGAUGAAGAACCAAUACAUGAGUAA